CUCGUUCCUCGUUUCUCGUUCCUCGUUCCUCUCCAAUGUUACGUGGGACGUAGGUAAAAUACACAUCGAGUUAUGCAAAAGGUUAUUUGUUGAUGGUAGAUACAUCUCGUGUAGUUUGGAAUUAUCACGACAUAUUUUAGGAAAAAUGUCUUAUCAAUUAUAUAGAAAUACUACAUUGGGAAACACGCUUCAAGAAAGUCUCGAAGAAUUGGUGCAGUAUGGACAAAUAACACCAACACUUGAAAAGGUAUUGCUAGAAUUUGAUAAAGCUAUUAAUCAAGCUCUUGCAACCAGAGUUAAAUCAAGACUUACAUUUAAGGCUAACAAAUUAAACACUUAUAGGUUUUGUGAUAAUGUAUGGACUUUUAUGCUAAAUGAUGUUGAAUUUCGUGAAGUUCAAGAGGUUGCAAUGGUAAAUAGUAAAAUUGUUGCAUGCGAUGGAAAAACAUUGGAUACAGAUGGAGCUGCAAGGCGAUAAUAAAUCUUGCAUUUUGCACAUAUAAAUGGGAUCUUCACUGUAAAAAAUAUAAUUUUCAUGGAAUAUAUAGUAUACUAUAACUAUAAUAAGGUAAACAAAAUACAAUAAAUAUACAGAUAUAUUUCUCAUUACUUCCCCGUAAAUAUUUACAAGUAUAUUGCUAGCUAGUGUAUAUUAAUAAAUACAAUUUUAGAAAGAA